GCAUUUAUCCACGUGAUUGACAUCAACCAGCACCGUCCCCAGUUCCUGGAGAGCCAUUACGAAGUGAGGAUUCCUGAAGAUACCCCCUCAGGAAGGGAAAUCCUUCAAGUCAGUGCAACAGACAAAGACAAAGGCAAGGGGCUCAUCUACACCAUCCAUGGCAGCGUGGACCCCAAAAGCACAAGACUUUUCCAGUUGGAUCCAAGCAGUGGGGUCCUCACAACAGCAGAAGGCUUCAGUUCCCAGCCUAUGCCACAACACACACUAACAGUGAUGGUACGAGACCAGGAGGUCCCCAUCAAAAGGAACUUUGUUCGUGUCAUCAUCCAUGUGGAGAACUGCAACCUUCACCCUCCUCAGUUCAGCAGCAUCCAUUAUGAAGCAGAAGUGCUGGACUCAGCAGUGGUGGGCACAGAGGUUAUACAAGUCAGAGCCCUUGAUCAGGACCAAGGAGCCAAUGCUGAAAUCCACUACUCCCUUCAGGCAGGUAAUGGGGAAGGUUUCUUCAGCAUCGACCCGUAUUCUGGAAUUAUUACAGUUGCCCGGAAACUGGACCCAUCCAGGCAGGAGCGAUUUACUCUUAUUGUAAAGGCAGAAGAUCAGGGGUUCCCCCAGCUUAAAGAUUCUGCUACAGUACAUGUCCAUAUUAGACCCUCUGAUCGAACCCCUCCAAAAUUUCCAGAGACUGAAUACAUCACAGAGAUCAGUGAAUCCACUGCUGUUGGCUCUCCUCUGAUCCAGGUUUCAGCCACAAGCUUGUCACCAGUCAGCUAUGAAAUAAAAGAUGGAAAUGGAGAUGGAGUGUUCACCAUGAACUAUCAGUCAGGCCUUAUUUCCACUCAGAAGAGCUUGGAUUUUGAGCAGGUAUCUUUUUACCAGUUGAAAGUUCGUGGCACCAACAUGGCUGGAGCAUUUAUGGACACAAUGGUACUUAUCUAUGUCAUAGAUGAGAAUGACAAUGUGCCCAUCUUUGUUAAGCCUUCCUUCAUUGGCUGGAUCAUGGAGAAUGCUCCAUCACAAAGCAUGGUUCUGGAUGAAAGCAAUGCUCCCCUCGUGACCCAUGCAACAGAUGCUGAUCAAGACUCCAACGCUCUUCUGGUCUAUGAGAUUUUGGAACCAGAGGCACUGAAAUAUUUUACAGUAGAUCCUAGCACAGGGACACUGACCAGUCGCGCUGAUAUAGACUAUGAGCUCACCUCAGUUUUCCACUUCAGUGUACAUGCGCAUGACAGUGGAAGUCCCAGCUUAUUUGCAUCCAAGCCAGCCAAGGUCACAAUCCAUGUUAAAGAUAUAAAUGAUUCACCUCCAGUCUUUUUCAAAGACACUUAUGAGCUUUCUGUCUUGUUACCUGCCCACCCAGGGAUGGAGCUUUUGUCAGUACAGGCAAAAGAUGCAGAUUCAGAUGUGACCUACAGCAUCGUGGAGGGGAACCUUGAUAAUGCUUUCUAUAUUCAUCCACUCGCAGGUCUCAUCUCCAUUCUUAAUGCUACCGGCCUGGGAAGCUAUCGUGAACUCACAGUCAGAGCUGGUGAUGGCUUAUAUAAGAGUACUGCUCUGGUUAAGCUAAAUUUAACUCAAGCACAAGGUACUGGGUUAAAAUUUGAUCGAGACAUAUAUACAGCAACUGUGAUGGAGAACUCUACAGAUGAGAAGACUCUUACCAUUCUUGGGGUCAAGGGAUAUCAGCUAAAUGAACCACUUUUCUAUUCCCUUUUGAAUGGAAAGGAAAGAUUCAAAAUGAUCCAGGCAUCUGGUGUACUCCAGACCAAAGGUGUGAAAUUCGACCGUGAAGCACAAGACAUGCACGAGAUAGCUGUGGAAGUGAAGGACAAUAGGAAACCACCAAGGGUGUCCCAAGCCACAGUCAAGGUUUAUGUAGAGGAUGUCAAUGACAAUCCACCGCAGUUUGAAAACGUGCCAUAUUACACCUCAGUGCAGGAUGGCACAGAGCCAGGUGACGUACUUUUUCAGGUGUCAGCAACAGACAAAGACAUAGGGGAUAAUGGAGCCAUUACCUACUCAUUUGCAGAGGACUACAAAUAUUUUUGGAUUGACCCCUACCUAGGAGACAUCUCACUUAAGAAGCCUCUUGAUUAUCAAGCUUUAAAUAAAUACAACCUCCGAGUCAUUGCUAAGGACAAAGGUGAGCCUCCCCUCAGCGCUGAAGAGGAGGUUGUGGUCAGUGUGAGGAACAAAUCCAACCCUCUUUUCCAAAGUUUGUACUACCGAGUGAAGGUGCCAGAAAACAUCCCCCUGUACACAUCUAUCCUCCACAUACAGGCUCGCAGCCCUGAAGGCUUGCGCCUCAUCUACAACAUUGUGGAAGAAGACUCCCUAAAACUGUUCAGCACCGACUUCAAAACUGGUGUCCUUACUGUCACAGGUCAGCUGGACUAUGAGCUAGAGACAAAACACGCAUUCACUGUUAGAGCCACAGACACAGCGCUAGGAUCCUUUUCAGAAGCCAGAGUAGAGGUGGAUGUAGAGGACAUUAAUGACAACCCCCCUGUAUUUUCUCAGAUGAUCUACACGGCAUCUGUCUCAGAGAGUUUGCCAGCACAGACCCCCGUUGUCCAGCUCUUUGCUUCUGAUAAGGAUUCAGGCAGAAACAAAGUGGUGUCCUAUCAGAUCUUGGAUGAUGGUUCAGAUGCUACCAAGUUCUUUAAUAUUGAUGCCAGCACAGGGCAAAUAACAACGGCUCAAGCACUUGAUUAUGAAAAAAAUCAGCAGUUUCGCAUGAAAGUAAGAGCUGCAGAUCAUGGGAUGCCUCCGCUUAGCAGCGACGCCCUGGUAAUUGUGGAUGUGACAGACAUCAAUGACAAUCCCCCUGAGUUCAGCCAGCUUCAGUAUGAAGCCAAGGUAAGCGAAAUGGCUACGUGUGGGCACAUCGUGAUAAAAGUCCAGGCCCUGGACCCUGACAGCGGAGACACCACCCGACUGGAAUAUGUGAUACUCUCAGGCAAUGACAACAGGCAUUUCACUAUCAACAGCACUUCUGGAAUAAUAUCCAUGUUCAACCGCUGCAAAAAGGACUUGGAGUCAUCUUACAAUCUCAGAGUUUCUGCUUCAGAUGGAGUUUUCAAGAGCACUGUGCCUGUAUAUAUCAACACCACAAAUGCCAACAAAUACAGCCCCUCUUUUCGGCAGAAUGUGUACGAGGCAGAGCUGGCAGAAAAUGCUGAGAUAGGUACCAAAGUGAUUGAGCUGCUGGCUAUUGACCCAGACGGUGGCCCAUAUGGCACGAUAGACUAUACUAUCAUAAACAAACUCGCCCAUGAGAAGUUCUCUAUAGACAAUAAAGGUCAUAUUGCCACACUGCAAAAACUGGACAGGGAAAAUUCAACAGAGAGAGUUAUUGCCAUUAAAGUCAUGGCCAAGGAUGGGGGUGGGAAGGUGGCUUUCUGCACUGUCAAAAUAAUCCUUACAGAUGAGAAUGACAACCCACCUCAGUUCAAAGCCUCUGAAUACACGCUGUCCAUCCAGUCCAAUGUAAGCAAAGGCUCCCCCGUCAUCCAGGUACUGGCUUAUGAUGCUGAUGAAGGUGCAAAUGCAGAUGUCAUUUACUCCGUUGACUCCGUGGAAGAUGUGGCAGAAGACCUUGUUGAGAUCAAUGCUGCCACUGGGGUUGUGAAGGUCAAGGAGAGCCUUGUUGGUUUAGAAAACAGAGCCUUUAACUUCAAGGUGAAAGCUGAAGAUGGCAGACCCCCUCACUGGAACUCCCUUGUCCCAGUGAAUCUUCAGAUUGUCCCCAGGGAGGUGACAUUGCCAAGGUUUUCUGAGCCCCUUUAUACAUUCUCUGCAUCUGAGGAUCUUCCAGAGGGAUCAGAAAUAGGGUCAGUCAAGGCUUUUGCAGAGGAUCCCAUCAUAUACAGCCUGGUGAAGGGAACCACUACAGAAAGUAACAAGGAUGAGGUGUUCACAUUGGAUGAACAAACAGGGGCUUUGAAAAUCAAAAAGGCCAUGGAUCAUGAGACCACCAAGUGGUACCAGAUUGAUGUUAUGGCUCACUGCUCACAUCAGGAGACUGAGCUGGUCUCCCUGGUCUCUGUGAACAUCCAAGUGCAGGACAUCAAUGACAACAGACCUGUUUUUGAGGCAGAUCCCUACAAAGCUUUUGUCAUGGAGAACAUGCCAUCAGGAACCACAGUCAUUCAAGUGACGGCUAAUGACCAAGACACAGGAAGUGAUGGACAGGUCACCUACAGUCUGGAAGCAGAAUCUGGCAACCUCCGAGGACUCUUCACCAUUGAUGGUGAGAGUGGGUGGAUCACCACACUAAAAGAGCUGGACUGUGAAGCUCAGGAGAUCUAUCGGUUUUAUGUGGUGGCCACUGACCAUGGCAGGAAAGUCCAGCUCUCUUCCCAAACCCUGGUGGAGGUCACUGUCUCUGAUGAAAAUGAUAAUGCUCCACAGUUCACCUCAGAUUUCUAUAAAGGAUCAGUAAUUGAGAACGCGGAGCCAGGGCAGGUUGUUGUCACGCUGAGUACCAUUGACGCAGACAUCUCUGAGCAGAACCGGCGGGUCACAUGCUACAUAACUGAAGGAGACAUACUAGGGCAGUUUACAGUUAACCAAAUUGAGGGAGAAUGGACUAUUUCUUCCAAGAAACCUCUGGACAGAGAAGAUACAGAGAAAUACCUCCUCAAGGUUAUGGCCUCCGAUGGGAAAUUCCAGGCUACCACUGAAGUGGAAAUUUUUGUUCUGGAUAUCAAUGACAACAGCCCCGAGUGCGGCCAGAUAUUCUACACUGGGAGAGUCUCUGAAGACGCUCUGCCAGGUCUUUUCAUUUUGAAAAUAUCAGCAACUGACCCUGAUGUCGGCAGCAACGCCCAAAUAACCUACAGCCUCCAUGGCCCUGGUGCAGAGGAGUUCCGGCUGGGCCCACAUACAGGGGAACUGACUACGUCUGCACCUCUCGACCGUGAACAGAAACCUACGUACCACCUUGUUGCUAAAGCGACUGAUGGCGGAGGUCGUUCCUGCCAGGCAGAUAUAACACUGAUUGUAGAGGACACGAAUGACAACGCACCGAGAUUCUUCCCCAGUCACUGUGCCGUGGCCGUUUUUGACAACACCACAACAAAGACACCCAUUGCCGUGGUUGCUGCCAGAGACCUGGAUGAAGGUCUCAAUGCUGAGGUGGUCUAUUCUCUCUCUGACUCUGCCAAUGGACACUUUUCAAUUGAGGAAACCACAGGGGUGAUCCAUCUGGAAAAGCCUCUGAAGGAUUCGCAGCACUCGGCAUUUGAGCUGACAGUCUGUGCUACCGACCGGGGCACCCCGGAGCCCCUCUCUGCUCUUGGCACUGUCACUGUCUCUGUUGUGGAUCUAAAUGAAUAUCUGCCUGUUUUCCUGGCCCCUGAAUAUGUGGCCAUGGUUAAAGAAGACGUGGCUGUGGGUACGGAGGUCCUCAAUUUGUCAGCAUUGACAAGGGACAAUGCAGAAAACACAGAGAUCAAGUAUGAAAUUGUGAAUGGCAAUGACCAUGGGAAAUUUCAGCUCAACUCAAACACAGGUGCCUUAUACAUAAAUGGAAGCUUGGACUUUGAAGCGAGUCAUGAGUAUUACUUAUCCAUCGAGGGCACGAGGAAGGGCUCGGCUUCUCUCAGCGAUGUGACCAUGGUGGUGAUCAACAUAACCGACAUCAAUGACCAUGCACCAGAGUUCAUCCAAGACCCUUACUUUGCUGAUAUCCGGGAGGAUGCUGCAGUUGGAGAAAUCAUCCUCACGGUGUCAGCUGAUGACUUGGAUGGAGCAAUGAACAAUCAGAUCACAUAUUCAAUUGUGGGAGGAAACCCGCUAGGACACUUCACCAUUCAGCCCAAAAGCGGGCAGAUCAGCAUCGCUAAGCAUCUGGACAGGGAGGAGAUCUCCAGCUAUUCCCUGACAGUUCGAGCCACAGACAACGGUCAUCCUGCUCAGUUCAGUGAUGUCACUGUGCGUGUCCAUGUGUCUGAUGUCAAUGACAACCCUCCUCGGUUCUUCCAGCUCAACUACAGCGUGGUGGUGCAGGAGAAUGCUCCUAUGGGUACAAGCGUCCUGGAGCUGAUUAUGAGCGACAGAGACUCCCCAGAAAAUGGACCACCAUAUUCAUUCCAGAUCACCCAGGGCAACGAUGGGAAGGCUUUUGAUGUCACCCAAAAUGGUCUGCUGGUGACAUCAUCCGUCCUGAACAGAAGAAUGAAAGAACAGUACCUAUUACAAGUCCAGGUCUCUGACAGCGGCAUCCCUCCCCUGUCAUCAUCUGCAUUUAUAAAUAUCCAAGUGACUGAGCAGAGCCAGUAUGCCCCCUCAGCCCUUCCCCUGGAAAUAUUCAUCACCACCAACGAGGAAGCCUUCCGAGGUGGUGUUCUGGGCAAGAUCCAUGCCACAGACCGAGACCCCCACGACACAUUGGUGUACACUUUGGUGGCAGAAGUGCCCCAGGAGGGGCUUUUCUCUGUUGGGGCUGCGGAUGGAAAGAUCAUUGCUGGGGACAAGCUUCCCCAUGGCCACUAUCUUCUGAAUGUGACAGUCAGCGACGGUACGUUCAUAGCCACCACCAGCGUCAAUGUCCACGUGUGGUGCUUCACACAGGAGGCCUUAGACAAGGCAGUGGUGCUACACUUCCGCCACCUCUCCCCUGAGGAGUUUGUGGGGGACCAUUGGCGCAACUUACAGAGAUUUCUGGGAAACAUCCUUGUCACCCGGCGCCAAAACAUCCACAUGGCCAGCUUACAGCCUGCAGCUAGCUCUGAUGGAGUGGACCUGCUCUUGGCUGUUGGAGAGCCGCAUGGCUCCUUGUAUGAGCCUCGGGUCCUCGCAAAUAAGAUCACUGUGUCAGCUGGGGAGAUGGACCAACUUGUUGGUCUCCGGAUGAAGAAGGCAAUUCAUGUGCCUUGUCAUGGGUCAGAUUGCGCCCACCGUGUCUGCAAGGAAACCAUUCAGCUGGAUCCAGGCAUGAUGUCUACUUACAGCACUGCCCGACUCAGCGUCCUCACCCCACGGCACAGCUUGGAGCAAAUCUGUUCUUGCAAUGGAUCAGCUGUGAGGUUUGGGGGCCACAGCUACAUUUGGUACCAGCACUCACAGAUUGGCUCGUGGCACAUGCACUUUCGCCUGAAGACCCAUCAGCUGCAUGCUGUUGUGUUCUAUGCUAAUGGGACUGACCACGCCACUUUGGAGAUGGUUAAUGGAGUGCCUCAACUUGGGUACACCUGCCGGGGGAACUACACUGGGAACCUCUCCUCCUCACGUUUUGUGAGUGAUGGUGAGUGGCACUCAGUCUUCCUGGAGGUGAAAAACACGUCUGUCCGCUUGCUCAUCGAUGGACUGGGAAACGCCUCUCUCCAGCUGCCAGUGACCUGUAGCAUCUCCCAGGGCAGACGAGACUUGCUUUUUGGGGGCCUCCGGCAGAUGGUCCAGUCCCAAAGAGUCACACGGGGGUUCAGGGGCUGCCUGGACGUGGUUGCAAUCAAUGGCAGAGAAGUGGUUCUCCUGCCCGGGAAAGGACAAUCAAAGGAAGUCAUGGAGGAAGUGGGAAUAAAGCAGUGUUGCUCCCCCACCGGUGCCUGCAGCAGCAACCCAUGCCUCAACAACGGGAUGUGCUCUGAAACUCAUGGAGGAGGUUACUCCUGCAUCUGCCCUGGGCUGUUUUCUGGCGAGCACUGUGAGCUAGGGGACAGUCCCUGCGAGUCCAAGCCCUGCCUUCACGGGGGAACCUGCACCCUCUCUGCCACUGGCUACUCCUGCCACGGCGAAAGGUGUGAGAAGCUGGCCGAGGAAUGCCAAGACAACCCAUGCCGAAACGCAGGGCGCUGCGUGAGCAACCAGGGCUCCGUCCAUUGCAUCUGCCCAUCAGAUUACCAGGGGGACUACUGCACACAACCCAUCAUCACCCCCGCCAUCGUGCCCACACAGUGGGCAGUGGGCCCCGAGGAGAUUGCGGAGAUAGUAGCCGGCGUGCUGGGAGUGGCCAUCCUGGCCGUGGCCUUCGUGAUCAUCCGCAAGCGCUACUGCCACCGGGCCAAGGCACACAAGCCCGUGGCCCGGGAGGACCCCGACCUGCUCUCCAAGAGCGAGUUCUCCAAGAGCGUGGGUGUGGGGACACAAGCUGUGCCACCCAUUGAGCUCAACAUCCUCAGCGAUACAGCACACAACAACCUGGACCGGGCCACGCCGGAGCAGCGCAAACCCACCAAUACCCCUGAGUUCAUCACCUUCAAUUCGUCCAAUGCCCCAAAACACCGGGGCACCAUCGUGUGCAGCGUGGCACCCAACCUGCCCCCUGCUGCACCCCCCUCCAACUCUGACAAUGAGUCCUUCAUCAAGUGCACCUGGGCCAGGGAGGAAAUGGUCUACCCAGCAGAAACAACCUACUGGCCUCCCCGGUACCUGUCAUCAGACGUCCAGGAAUAUUCCCACUACGAGAUCAUUCAAGGUCCCCCUGCAUCCUCCUCCCCCCCUCCUCUCCCCCCACCGCCCCCUCCACCAGCGGACGCGGAGCCAGUUGCUCUUUAUGGGGGCUUUCCCUUCCCACUGGACCAGAGCAACAAGCGGGCCCCCAUCCCACCCCGCUACAGCAACCAGAACCUGGAGGACUUCUUGCCACUCAGCCCCGUGGACAUGGGAGCCUCCCAGUGCCAAAACGAAUAUACGGCCAUCAGCUACUACCCAGCGCAGCUGGUGCAGGGCGAGGGCAUCCCAUACCAGCCCGACCCUGGCUACAAGCGGGUGAGCAUGCGCCUGAGCGUGGCCCAGCCCUCCUAUGCGGACUGCGAGGUGGGCCACCAGCCCAGCAUCCGAGCCCAGCCCCUUCCACCCCCCAACUACGAGGGCUCCGACAUGGUGGAGAGCGACUAUGGGAGCUGCGAAGAGGUGAUGUUUUAA